AUGGUGUCAAAAAGAAGUAUACCUUCAAGGCACCAUUCUCUCAGCACCUAUGAGGUCCUGUUUGCAGCUCUCUUUGCCUUACUGGUGGCACUCUGUGCUGGAUUAUUUGCAGUGUCCUGGCUGGCAAUCGAGGGAUCAGAAAGAGAUGCAGUGUUUGGAAAAAGUCACAAAGCCAGAGGGACAUUGAAAAUAACAGCUGGAGCCAUGUAUAAUCCUAAUUUGCAAGACAAACUCUCAGCGGAUUUCAAAAUUCUUGCUUUUGACCUUCAGCAAAUGAUAGAUGAUGUCUUUCAAUCAAGUAAUCUGAAAAAUGAAUAUAAAAACUCAAGAAUUUUAAGAUUUGAAAAUGGCAGCAUUAUAGUUAUAUUUGACCUUUUCUUUGCCCAGUGGGUGUCAGAUGAAAAUGUAAAAGAAGAACUGAUUCAAGGCAUUGAAGCAAAUAAAUCCAGCCAACUGGUCACUUUCCAUAUUGAUUUAAACAGCAUUGAUAUCACAGGAAAUGUCUCAAUAGAAUGCCUGCCUGGUUCUAGUCCUUGUGCUGAUGCUCUAAAGUGCAUAGCAAAUGAUUUAUUUUGUGAUGGAGAAAUUAACUGUCCAGAUGGCUCUGAUGAAGACAAUGACACUUGUGCCACAGCUUGUGAUGGCAGGUUUUUGUUGACUGGAACUUCUGGGUCCUUCCAGGCUGUUCAUUACCCAAAGCCUUCUAAAUCAAGUGUUGUUUGCCAGUGGAUUAUACGUGUAAAUCAAGGACUCUCCAUUAAACUGAGCUUCGAUGACUUUAAUACAUAUUACACAGAUGUAUUAAAUAUUUAUGAAGGUGUGGGUACAAACAAGAUUUUAAGAGCUUCUCUCUGGGAAACCAAUCCUGGCACAAUUAGGGUCUUUUCCAACCAGGUUACUGCCACCUUCCUUAUAGAAUCUGAUGAAAAUGAUUACAUUGGAUUUACUGUGACAUAUACUGCAUUUAAUAGCACAGAGCUUAAUAAUUAUGAGAAAAUUAACUGUGAUUUUGAAGAUGGCUUUUGUUUCUGGGUCCAGGAUCUAAAUGAUGAUAAUGAAUGGGAAAGGAUUCAGGGAAACACAUUUCCUCCUUUUACUGGACCAAAUUUCGACCAUACUUUUGGCAAUUAUUCAGGAUUUUACAUUUCCACCCCAACUGGACCAGGAGGGAGACGAGAAAGAGUAGGGCUCUUAAGUCUCCCUUUAGACCCCACUUUGGAACCAGUCUGCCUCAGUUUCUGGUAUUACAUGUAUGGUGAAAAUGUCUAUAAAUUAAGCAUUAAUAUCAGCAGUAACCAAAACAUGGAGAAGACAGUUUUCCAAAAGGAAGGAAAUUAUGGAGAAAAUUGGAAUUAUGGACAAGUAACAUUAAAUGAAACAGUGGAAUUUAAGGUUGCUUUUAAUGCUUUUAAAAACCAGUUCCUGAGUGAUAUAGCUUUGGAUGACAUUAGCCUAACAUAUGGGAUUUGCAAUGUGAGUCUUUAUCCAGAACCAACUUUGGUCCCAACUCCUCCACCAGAACUUCCUACGGACUGUGGAGGACCUUUUGAACUGUGGGAGCCAAAUACAACAUUCACUUCCACGAACUUUCCAAACAGCUACCCUAAUAAGGCUUUUUGUAUUUGGAAUUUAAAUGCACAAAAGGGAAAGAAUAUACAACUUCAUUUUCAAGAAUUUGACUUAGAAAAUAUUGCAGACGUAGUGGAAAUCAGAGAUGGUAGAGGAGAUGAUUCUUUGCUCUUAGCUGUAUACACAGGGCCUGGUCCAGUAAAGGAUGUGUUCUCAACCACCAGUAGAAUGACUGUGCUUUUCAUCACUGACGAUCUGUUGGCAAAAGGGGGAUUUAAAGCAAACUUCACUACUGGCUACUACCUGGGGAUUCCAGAGCCCUGCAAGGAAGACCAUUUUCAGUGUAAGAAUGGAGAAUGUAUUCCACUUGUGAAUCUCUGUGACGGUCAUCUGCACUGUAAGGAUGGCUCAGAUGAAGCACAUUGUGUGCGUCUUUUCAAUGGCACCAGGAACAACAAUGGUUUGGUGCAGUUCAGAAUCCUGAGCACAUGGCAUGAAGCUUGUGCUGACAACUGGACCACACAGAUUUCAAAUGAUGUCUGUCAGUUGCUGGGAUUAGGGAGUGGAAACUCAUCGAUGCCAAUCUUCUCUACUGGAAGUGGACCAUUUGUAAAAUUAAACACAGCCCCUAAUGGCAGCUUAAUACUAACACCAAGUAAACAGUGUUUACAGGAUUCACUGGUUCUGUUACAAUGUAACCAAAAACCAUGUGGGAAAAAACUAGUGACUCCACGAGUCAGCCCAAAGAUUGUUGGAGGAAAUAAUGCCAAAGAAGGAGCCUGGCCCUGGGUCGUCGCCCUUUAUUACAACGGCCAACUGCUCUGUGGUGCAUCUCUCGUCAGCGACGACUGGCUGGUGUCGGCCGCCCACUGUGUGUAUGGGAGAAAUGUAGAGCCAUCUAAGUGGAAAGCAAUCCUAGGACUGCAGAUGACAUCGAAUCUGACUUCUCCUCACAUAGUAACUCGGUUGAUAGAUCAAAUUGUCAUAAACCCACAUUACAAUAAACGAAUAAAGGACAGUGACAUCGCCAUGAUGCAUCUGGAUUUUAAAGUGAACUACACAGAUUAUAUACAACCUAUUUGUUUACUGGAAGAAAAUCACGUUUUUCCUCCAGGAAGAAUUUGUUCCAUUGCUGGCUGGGGGAGGCUUAUACAUCAAGGUCCUACUGCAAACAUAUUACAAGAAGCUAAUGUUCCUCUUCUAUCAAACGAGAAAUGCCAGCAACAGAUGCCAGAAUAUAACAUUACAGAAAAUAUGGUAUGUGCAGGCUACGAAGAAGGAGGAAUAGAUUCUUGUCAGGGGGAUUCAGGAGGACCAUUGAUGUGCCAAGAAAACAACAGGUGGUUCCUGGCUGGUGUGACAUCAUUUGGAUACCAAUGCGCACGGCCUAAUCGUCCAGGGGUCUAUGCCCUGGCCCCGAGGUUCACAGAAUGGAUACAAAGUUUUCUGCAGUAGAGUGUUUCCUAAACCAACAUGAAAGCCAUGUGGUUUUCCCAUUCCACUCUAAAGAGCAUGGGAAUUGAGAGUUUGACAAAAAAAGAUUUCUAAAAGGCUUUAUUCUUACCUAAGCCAUCUAAAUGCUGAGGAUUAAGGGUGAAGACAAAAAAAUAAUCUGUACCGUACAAAGUAACUUUUUCAUUGUGAACAGUUAAUCUUUCACAGAGAUUACAAUCUUUCCUUUGUGAUCAUUAUCUUUAUCAUACUCUUCUUAUUUAAAGGAAUGCUAUGUUAAAGCAUAUACUGCAUUCUUAAAGUUUUGGCAAAAUUAAGAAAAGAAGUAAAAUAAACUAUUUUGCACAGUAUGUUAUUUUUUGAAGUAAACUGCUGUAAAUUAUCUAGUUCCACCUUGCUAUUUUCAGAAUCUCAGUAGUCUUCCUGAUUUUCUAUCUAAAUGCAUUUCCAAUUUCCAAUUCAUCUUGAGCAUAUCCUUAAUAUUUUCCCCACUCAUAACAAAUAUGUACUUUAGGCUCAUGUCACAAACCUGGACUAAAUUGAUUACACAUUCCUCUCAAGAUAAUUAAACAGCAAACAAGUGCAAGUCUACAGAUCACCCCUGUAUCGAAAUAGAAAGGAAAUUAAAUGAUAUUUCCAUUCUUUUAUUGGAUCAUUUUUUACCUGCAUUAAUCGCACCGUCCAUUUAUUUUAAGCUAAUAUUUUUUUAAGUUUCCAAAAAGUAAUCAGACAUAUCCAAAAAAUGCAACUAUUACAAAUGUUUUUUUUUCUGAUCUAUGUGUCUUACAGUGGAUGUUUUUAACAUGUGCAAAACUUACUUAGACACAGCUGAAUCACCCAUUAGAAGGCCAAAAAUGUGGAAUAAAUGAAUUUGCUUCACUGCUUUAA